AUGCCUCUUCUGGUCAAUGAGAAGUUUGAUUUUGAUGUGUCUAUGUCACCUGCCAGCUCCACAGAUGAUGAAAAUGAGGUGUUUGUGGAUCAGGUCAGCCAUAUAGAGGGGAGCGUCUCUGCUAACAUAGCUUCUCAGCUCGAGGAUGGUGUCGGUGGCGUGCGGGUGAGCUGGAGCCCACUGACCGGAGAUCAUCUGGAGGCCAUAUGUGAAGAAGCCCACAGACUGGCCAACCACCUGCAGAGCAGCGAGCCAAGCCCGGCACACUGUGAUGACGAUGAAACUGCCGAUGUGACGAGCAACCCCACAACUGAGAGCGAGCAGUUUGUCCAAGACACUGAGGUUAAACUGGGCAUGAUUGGUCAGGCAGCCAAUGUGCUCAGUCCCGUCAAACGCCAGACCUUUUGUGUGCAGGACAGUCCCAUGAAGCAGCUGCCCCCUGCCAUCCAGCAUAGCCUGCAGAGAGGAAUCAUCUCUAACACAGUUUCAUCCACCAGCCCUGCCACCAAAUCAGCUUCAUCCACCCGCCCUGCCACCAAACCAGCUUCAUCCACCCGCCCUGCCACCAAUGCAGGUGCAUCAAGCCGCCUCGCUACCAACUCGACUUCAUCCAUCUACCCUGCUACCAAAGCACCUUCAUCCACCUGCCCUGCCACCAAAGCACCUUCAUCCUCCCGCCCUGCCCCCAACACACCUUCAUCCAUCCGCCCUGCCACCAACUCGACUUCAUCCAUUCGCCCUGCCACCGACACACCUUCAUCCUCCCGCCCUGCCACCGACACACCUUCAUCCUCCCGCCCUGCAACCAACUCGACCUCAUCCAUCCGCCCUGCCACCAACUUGACCUCAUCCAUUCGCCCUGCCAUCAACACACCUUCAUCCUCCCGCCCUGCCAUCAAAGCACCUUCAUCCACACGCCCCGCCACCAAAGCACCUUCCACCCGCCCUGCUUCCACCGCCAGACUCAGCACCUCCAGCCCUGUGGCUAAGCAUGGGACGAUGCUGCGAGGAAAAGCUGUGCCGGGCUUUGGUGUCACACUUCCGAGUAAACCAGCUGCCCCUUCAACUUACUGUUCAGCCAACAAGAGCAGAGUGGAGAAAACCAGACUGCAGCCACCGAGCAAAGCUGCUACAGGUUGGAGCCGGAGCCCAAACUCACGUCCCUCCAGUAGGGCGGGGUCAUAUGAGGAUCUGCUGUCCGAUACGGCAAGUGUGGCCUCUGACAUCAGCGACUCUUCCCUGAACUCCAGCAUGCAGGGAAAACGCACAUUGGCUCCUCCCACUAAGGUAAGACACUUGUUCUCUGUGUUCUGUCUCCUCUCAGGUAAACUGAACUCUUCUAUGAGUCUGAGCGCCUCCACUGUCCCUGCCCCCAGCAGCAUCAGAAAACCUGCCAAUCAAAGUAGACCGCAACGUUCCAAUGUCUGUGCGACUGCAGAGCCUGCGUCUUCAAUCGCUGGCCGCCGUUCGCUGUCCAACCAGGCGAGGAAGCUGUCUACGCCGCUUAAGAGAGCUGAGGCCACACCGCUCCAGCUGACACCUAAUAAUAAAAGAGUUUCGGAGAAAAACACCUCCAUCCCUGCUGCUGCCUCAGCCCGGCUGCAGAGCGGACUGAAGGCCAAACCCAAACCUCAGGCCCUGGUCCCAUCCACACCCAGUGGGAUAGCCAGAGGAGUCCGCCAUGGAGAUGAUGUCUCAAAAAUGUUGAAGCCAAAGAGGAUGAUGUCAGCAAGCACUGUGGAGAGUGUUUCUCAGAAGCCCUCUGCUGGUCCCCAGACACUCUCGGCUGGUGGCUGCAGGUCGCUGCAGAUGAAGGCACGUCGUCCAUCUGCCCUCCCCACCCCUCUGAGAAGCAGGACCCCUGCCAUCCACACCACCACACCCACCAACCAGCUCUGCCCCGUAAGACCACCGCUCACCCCUGACCCUGAUCACUCUUCACCCAGGACAGUGAGCAACUGUAGCCCCGUGAGCUGGGACAUACAGGAGGCAGAGCCUGUUGAUGCCCCAGACAUCCAGCCCUUCUGUUUAGAGGAGGAGGAAGAGGAGACCCCUGCUGCCCCACCCUCCACUGCUCCACAUCUCGACCAUUCAGAGAGCACAGAUAUUGGAGCACUGAGUCAUGGCGAAUCAGAGCCCACCAGAAACCCAGAAACUCAACAGUUGGAGACUGUUGAGGAGAGCAACAGCAAGACACAGGAGGUUCUCCUGUUUGAUCUUCCGGCUCCGACUCUGCAACCUCCGGAGAAACUGCUCAUCGACCUGACCAGCACCCCCAACCUGAUCCGAUCCAGCAACAACAGCUGCACCACAACCCAGUAUGAACAUGAGGAAAACCUCUUUACUGACUGCUGGUUUACAGACAGAUUUGAAGAAUUGUGA